GCAAACAGCAGGAUCGGUGCUAAGGGGCAGAGUUCUUUGAAAAGCUCGACGGAAACAACCCAUCGCCGGCUGCUCAUCCGUGCGCUCUCCUCGCCGCCAAUAGUAAUCGGCGAAUAUUAACGUUAGCGAGCCUUGGCUCUUAAACUCCUCCGGGUUAUGGCAGACGAAGAGUCUUCCCCUCCUCCCCAUCGCCGAGACGGAAACAAGACCUCAGUUCACAAUAUAGCAGCACAACGGAGACGGAAGCAUGCUAUUACUUUGGGAAAAGAAAGAAGAGAAGUACUGAUACGCACAAAACGCAUGUGUAGAGAAGGGUUUGUUAAUAACAAUGAGGCAUCUUCAGAGAUUGAUAUGAUUGUUAACGAAGAGAAAGCGUCAUUAGAUACUCGGACUUUCACAAUUGUGGAAGAUUUGAAGUCUGCUCUCCGGCUUCAGGGAAAAGGCGCUACAGAGAGAAAGGUGGAUUUGCUUCGUGCCCUGAGACAUCUUCUGUCCAAGACUGAAAUUCCUCCGAUUGAAGCAGCUAUCAGAGCUGAUGUUAUUCCUUCCCUUGCUCAGUGCUUGUCUUUUGGAUCUGAAGAUGAGCAGUUGCUUGAGGCAGCUUGGUGUCUUACCAACAUUGCGGCUGGGGAGCCAGAAGAAACUAAGUCACUACUGCCUACACUGCCAUUAUUAAUAGCCCAUCUUGGAGAGAAGAGUUCUCUGCCUGUAGCUGAGCAAUGUGCAUGGGCAUUGGGAAAUGUUGCUGGUGAAGGAGAGGAACUAAGGAACAUCUUACUCGCACAAGGAGCUUUAAUGCCCCUAGCUCGCUUAAUGAUGUCUGAUAAAGGUUCAAUGGCUCGAACAGCUGCUUGGGCAUUGUCGAAUCUUAUUAAGGGACCAGAUUCAAGGGCUGCCACUGAUUUGAUUAAAGUUGUUGGUACGCUAGAUGCAGUAAUCAGGCAUUUACAUGCGGGGGAUGAUGAAUUGGCAACAGAAGUUGCAUGGGUUGUUGUUUAUCUGACCGCACUUUCAGAAGAUGCCCUUCACGUUAUAGCGAAAAGUAAAGCGGUUCCACUUUUAAUUGGAAAGUUGGCGAUUUCAGAAAAUCUGCAACUGCUCAUUCCGGUACUUCGCAGCCUGGGUAAUCUUAUAGCUGGUGCGGAUUAUGUGACUAGCACUGUUCUCAUUGUUGGGCAGGAUGUCACUGAUAAUGCUAUAUCAGCUUUAGCAAAGUGCUUGAAGAGCGAGAACCGUGCAUUGAAGAAGGAGGCGGCCUGGGUGCUCUCUAACAUAUCAGCAGGAUCAUUUCAGCACAAGGAAUUGGUGUUUUCCAGUGAGGUUACUUUUAUUCUGCUGGAUCUUCUUUCCACUGCACCAUUUGACAUCAGGAAGGAGGUAGCAUUUGUGUUAGGUAACCUUUGUGUUACACCCGGAGAUGGUGUUCGGCAGCCCGACAUUAUUGUCAACCAUUUAGUUUUGCUUGUAAACCAUGGUGGCCUUCCAGGUUUUUUAAACCUUGUUAGAUCUCCUGAUGUUGAGGCUGCAAGGUUGGGCCUUCAAUUCCUAGAACUGGUCAUGCGAGGAAUGCCCAAUGGAGAAGGCCCGAAGCUUGUUGAAUUUGAGGAUGGGAUUGAUGCCAUGGAAAGGUUUCAAUUUCAUGAGAAUGAGGAGAUGAGGGUUAUGGCUAACACACUUGUAGACAAGUACUUCGGAGAGGAUUAUGGCCUCGAUGACUGACAUUCUGCUUGAAUG